AUGGCAUCCUUACCGGAGGGAGGCCGGACGCUUGUUUAUUCUACCGUUGACGACCAUGAUAUCAAACUGGACUACUAUUUACCACCUACGGCUAACGGAAGCUUGCCGGCGUUAAUUUACUAUCAUGGCGGUGGAAUGACAUCGGGUUCACGACGCGACAGAGCGUUUCCACAAUGGUUAUACGAUUAUUGUCAAAAACACGAGUACAUAUUCAUAUCGGCAGACUACAGGCUCUGUCAUCCAAGCACCGCUCUCGACCAGAUCGACGAUGCGAAGUCUCUCUUCAACUUUCUUGUAAGAGGCUUCCAAAAGCAGCUGCCGGAGAAUGUGUCCCUCGAUACUACCCGCAUAGCUGUCUCGGGAUUUUCGGCGGGCGCGUAUCCUGCUCGUGCAGCAUGUGUGUAUGCCAAUCCAAAACCAGCUGUCCUAAUGACCGUAUAUGGUACUGGCGGCAACCUCCUUCUUGACCAUUGGGUGACUGGUCGACCCCCGACAUCUAUAGCCAAGUUUGUGGAUCUCAAUAGCGUUCCAAAGCUACUUGCGGACAAGACAAUUGUGAGUGACGACUUGCCAGCCAGUGGCUUUCUCUCCGAACGUUUCGCACUUACCGUGCGUUGGGAACUCGAUGGCACCUUCCUAGACGGGUGCUUCGGAAAGCCCGGGCUUGGUAAAAUGUUCAACGAAGUUGAGUAUGCACAAAGACCUGCAGCUAUACCCGUGGAUAUCAAGCCGGGGUUUCUGCAAUUAUUCGUGGCAGAAAAUUAUCCCCCUUCUGUCUUUGUGCAUGGCACAGCAGACGAAGUCGUUCCCGCUGAAGAAAGUCUGGAGCAAUAUGAGCAACUGAAGAAGUUAGGCAUCAAAACAGAGCUGCUGCUUGUAGAAGAUGGCGGACAUGGUCUCGUCGACUUCGGUUCUGAAUUCCCACCGAAGCCGGCGAAGGGCUCUACAGAGGCAUACGACAGAGCUCUGGAAUUUAUCGCGGAAGCCUUCAAUGCAUCUAAAUAG